UGUUGUUACUGUCUGCUUUUCAUUCAAGAGUGUAUGGUUUUUGUGUUUUCAUUAUUAUAUUGAUAAAAAUUUUAUUAUAAAAUCUUUUAUACAUGUUAUUAUGUUCAAUUAUUUAUAAAUUAGGUGAUUAUUUUAAUCUUAUUUUUUUUAGUCGUAGGCUAUGCAUAGAAUUAGGCUAUUUGAUUAUUUUUACAUUUCCAACUCUACCUGUAAGUAGAGUUAAACCUGUCCUUUAGUUACUAUUUUAUGUUUGUUUUGUUUAAAAUCUAAUAACUAAAAUAUUAAUAUUAAAGAGAAUUUUUAUUUUAUAUUAGAAUUAUAAAAUUCGCACUAUUAAUUUAAAACUCUUGAACUUAUUUUAAUCAAUUGAUUUUAUUUUUUAUAAAAGUUAAUGGCUGAUAACAGUUUGUCGUCUUCCCCAACAAACCUGGAAGAAGAUAAGAAAGAGUGAGUUUGAAGCAAUUUAAAUGUCUUGUACAUAGGAAACAGCCCAGCAAUGAGUCCUGUAAUCCAUCCAAAGGAUAGUUACAGCUGGGAAAACAUUACUGACGAUUUCUUCACUGCUGUAAAAGAUCUAGAGCUUGGAGAGCUUCUACAUGAUGAACUGUUCGGAUUAUUCGAAGCGAUGUCAGCCAUCGAAAUGAUGGACCCGAAGAUGGACGCAGGUAUGCACUGCAAUCGAGGCAACAAAGCCACUAUGACAUUCGACCAGGCUGUCGACAGUGGCCAGUUGAAGCUUCAAGGGCUGACAUUUUCUGAACAGAUAAGCAUUGUGGACAGUACAUUGGCGUGCCUUGUUUCAUGGCUGGAGGGACAUUCUCUGGUGCAGACUGUAUUCACAAACCUCUAUUUGCAUAAGCCACACUUCAUACAGGACAGGCCACUGAAGGCAUUCUGCAUCUGUAUUUACAAAAUAGUCGAUCUGAUCAAGGACUUUGUGAAUCGUGGUUUCGUGUUCGAGGAAGAGGACUUCCAGCCGACCACGUACGGCUACAGGUUGCUGCCGGAUGUGGCCGAGCAGAAGGCGGUGGCCUUGCUGCGAGAGGUCGAGGAUGAGCUGGGCAGACGGCUGCGUAGUAAACCCCCUGCCGAGCCUCAACAGAUGAGUGAGUUGGACGAUUGCCUGGCGCUGCACGCCCGUGUUCGAUUCACUCGCCUCUUUUACCAAUCGCUGUCAGUACUCAAUAAACGCGAAAACCAGAGUGGCAGUGGCAAUCUUGGCGAGUGUCACAAACUGUUGACAACUUGUGCUGAGGCGAUCCCUUUGCUUUCGAAAACAGUUGAGAGAGGUGCACCUCCAAUCGAAAGUGACGACAGCCACGGACCAAUCGCCAUCGGAUUUGAUCCUCUUGUAAACCAGAGACUUCUACCACCCACAUUUCCCCGCUACACACGAAUCAAAACCAGGGAAGAAGCAUAUCGCUACUUGGAUGAGUUGAUUGCAAGGUUAAAGCAGGCUUGUAAAAUUGUCAAUUGUACGUCAUUUCAUUCAGCGCUGGACAUGUUUAUUGAAAUGAGCCGCAGUAAUCCAUGUAUAGUGUCGCGCAGUGUAAUGCAGCUGCUGUACACGCCACAGUCCAACAAAAGUCAAGUGGAAGCGUUGAGAGAGGCGGCAAGAACGUUUAUAUCUCCCCCGGCACUAUCAUACAAGUCGACUCUCCUGAACAACCCGCAAGCAAAAGAGUACGUGGACGGUUUUCUAAAUCACUGUGUGAUGCCGUUUGGGAAUUUGAUCCAGUUGUGCGGCCACAACCGGGCCAGGCAGCGUGAUAAGUUGGCUCAUCUGCUCGAGGAGUUCGCAACCCUUCAGGACGAAGCAGAACGUGUCGAUGUUUUCCUGCACAAUCUCUCCCUCAAAUCGGAAUCGCCUCGACCGCACCUAGCUUGCUUCGGCACAUGGGUUCUCUACCCUCUGCUUCGCAUCAUGAUCAUGUUUCUGUUGUCUGGCUUCGAGUUGGAACUGUACAGUACUCACGAGUAUCCCUAUAUUUUCUGGUACCUGUACGAAUUUCUCUAUGGCUGGCUGAUGUCUUCUCUAACGAGAGCCGACACCUUCCUGGCUGAACAGGAGAUGAUCAGUAGCGGAGAAGGAAAGAACCGAUCGCAGAGAAGAAACAAGACAAAGAAGAAGAGAACAAGGCCGUAUGCUAGUCAAAUCACUCUUUAUCAAGCUCUUCAAAACAUGUGCGGCGGAUACUAUAAGGCAAUGGUAGGCUUCAAGCUGGACGGAAAGGUGCGACUGCCGCACGCGGAGUUCGACAGCGAACGAGUGCGUUACGAGCACCGGUUCGCGCCGUUCACGGGUCUGCUGACUCCGCCGCCCGUGCAGUACGGCGAGUUUCGCGAGAUGGCCGCCUCGCUGCAGCAGGCCGGCUCUGUCUCGCUCUACCUGGCCGGAUGCAAGCACUUCCACACCGCGCGCACCUUCCUCGAGUCCAUAGCACAGCCGCCCGACAAUGAGAUACAGGAUCUUAUGAGAGUUGCCAAAACGAAUUUUGUUGUUCUGAAGUUACUCGCUACUGGUCAUAAAAAAGAUUCAUCCACUCCUCCAGAAUUCGAUUUCUCCUGUCACCACCAGUUCCCCAUUAUCAAGAUAUGCUAAGUAACCUACAUUGUACUUAUUUCCAAAUUGUCUAUAUAGUUUCUCAAUUUCUCAUCCUAUGAAUGUUCUAUAACUUGGCUUUUUGUCUUUACGAUGUGAAAAAUCAGUAAACAAGUAACUUAUUUGAAAAUAUAUUUUCUGUUCUGUGUU